GGAGGAGGAGAUUUAAAGAGGAGGAGCAGAUCCCUGCUUCACUCUUCGUCUCGCGCUCCGAUCAGAUGGAGGUUUUUCCUCUUGCUGAGAAUUUGACGGCGUGACUACAGCUCAUCCACACACACACACACACAUACACACACACACACGACAUCCUUUCCUCAGUUUCCACGGUGACGGCAUCCCCCCUCCCCCUCCUCCUCCUCCUCCUCUUCCUCCUCCAUCGCCUCUCCGUCCGGCUGCUUUCGGCUCAUCGCCGUCGUCAGGAUGGGAGAUAAAGGAACCAGAGUCUUUAAGAAGGCCAGUCCCAAUGGAAAGCUCACUGUGUAUCUGGGGAAAAGGGACUUUGUGGACCACGUGGACCUGGUGGAACCUGUCGAUGGCGUGGUUCUGAUCGACCCAGAGUACCUCAAGGAAAGGAAAGUGUUCGUGACGCUGACGUGUGCGUUCCGUUAUGGUCGAGAGGACCUGGACGUUCUGGGGUUGACGUUCCGGAAGGACCUGUUUGUGGCCAACAUUCAAGCGUUUCCGCCUGUUCCUGAGGAGAAGAAGAGUCUCACUCGCCUGCAGGAACGUCUGAUCAAGAAGCUCGGGGAGCACGCCUACCCCUUCACCUUCGAGAUUCCCCUGAACCUACCGUGCUCCGUCACCCUGCAGCCGGGGCCCGAGGACACCGGGAAGGCCUGUGGCGUGGACUUUGAGGUAAAAGCUUUCUGUGCUGAAAACGUUGAAGAAAAGAUCCACAAAAGGAACUCGGUGCGUCUGGUCAUCAGGAAGGUUCAGUACGCUCCAGAAAAACCGGGACCCCAACCCACCGCCGAGACCACCAGACAGUUUCUCAUGUCUGACAAACCACUGCACCUGGAGGCCUCUUUGGAUAAAGAGAUUUAUUACCAUGGAGAACCGAUCAGUGUCAACGUCCACGUGACCAACAACACCAACAAGACGGUGAAGAAGAUGAAGAUCUCUGUGAGGCAGUACGCAGACAUCUGUCUCUUCAACACGGCUCAGUAUAAAUGUCCUGUCGCCACCGAGGAGUCAGAUGACGUUGUUGCUCCAAGUUCUACCUUCUGCAAAGUCUUCACUCUGACUCCAUUUCUGGCGAACAACCGAGAGAAACGUGGUCUGGCUCUGGACGGGAAGCUGAAGCAUGAGGACACCAACCUGGCUUCCAGCACGCUGUUGAGGGACGGAGCCAACAAGGAGAUUCUGGGAAUCAUCGUCUCCUACAAAGUCAAAGUGAAGCUGGUGGUGUCACGAGGAGGGCUCCUUGGAGAUUUAGCUGCAAGUGACGUUUCAGUGGAGCUUCCUUUCACCUUGAUGCAUCCGAAGCCGUUGGAGGAUUCUUCCUUCAGAGAUGCUCCAGAUGACGCUCCGAUCGACACUAACCUGAUUGAGUUUGACACAAACGACGAUGAUAUCAUCUUCGAGGACUUCGCCCGCCAGCGGCUGAUCGGCGCCAAAGAUGACAAGGAUGAGGACGAGGAGCCAGCCGACUCGCCCAAACUCACCGACAGAUAAAGCUAGCGAGCCGUUUGUAGCGCAGAGCUAACGGAGGUCAACCAUUGGUCCCCCGCGGCCCGGACGCCCCGAGACCACCCGGCGGCGCUCCUGCUCGUUCGUGUUCGUCCUCUCCGCGUCCAACAGUUAGAACCCUGCAGCUUAGACAUCCGUGGUGUUUUCCAGACGGAGCGGCUCCGGGGGCACCGGAGAGCCGCUGCUAGCAUGCGUCCAACGUGUCUUUGUCCUACGUGUCUCCAUUAGGGAGCAGAGCGGAGUCGAGUUGUGUUGAGGUUCGUUUCGAUGUUUCGUAUCAGAAGGUUUUCAUAAAGAACACUGCCGGCCCGUCUCCGUCCAACAGGUUCAGAGGUCCAGAAACCGGCAGGAGGCCAGCCAAUCAGCUGACAGCGGGCCGAGGCUCCGCCUCCAGCAGCCUCACCCCUCUGUCGUCCCCUCCACGUCUCGAGCAGCUGCUACACGGCACUGAGGGAACGUCCCAGCAUGCCUCGUGUCCCCAAACCGGACAGAAGGAGACUCACUGUUAGCAUGCGGUGUUCAGCUAAUGCUAUCUAUUUCACACCAUUCAUCACCGUUAGCAUGAUGCAUCUGACCACAUUUUGGUUAUUCUGAACAUUUCACUCACUCACUGACUGUUAGCAUGCUGUUUGAGCUAAUCAACGCUAAUGCUACCUGUUUUCAUUCAUUACUGUUAGCAUGGUCAGAUCUGGCUAAAGACGAGCUAAUGGCUCAAUCAAGACCUGUCAGUCAACCUGCUCUCAGCCAAUCACCCAUCCCCUUGAAGUCUGUGCAGCUGUGCUUUGCACUGAUUGGUUGCUGUCGAUGAAAGGGGCGGAGCCUGAGCCACAGAAGCUGACUCCAGUUCAGUUGUUUUUCUUUCGGUGUGACUUUAAGGAGCAGCUGUACUGUAAUGUUGUUAGGAUGUUGACACCCAGUGCCCCGCCCCGCCCCGCCCCGCCCCGCCUCACCACGCCCGGCCCACCCCAUCUUUUUAACAUUUUCAUGAGGAAAAGUUUCAUGUUUACACAAUGUUCUGAAAACAGUGUUUGUUUCCAGGGCAACAACAGUAACACUGGUAAUGAUGUAGUUUUUGUGCUGGUCCACUAGUUGGUGCUGUUGUUUAUUUUUGUAAUGAAACCACACACAUGCUGCAGAACAGAUGUUUCUAUUACACGUAUAUAAAACUUUUGUUUUCAGUCAGUCUCAGCACCGUUGUUGUGUAAGCGGAGCCUUAAUCUCAUGCAUUCCUCCAGUCUUACCGACGUGUCCUGGACCAUUUCAGAUUCCUCCUGAUUGGUUAAGUUGGCUGCACUUCUGUUUGCUUCAGGAGGUCAAAUUCAAUUCGUCUGUGGUUUCGGUCGCUAAAUGCUAACAACUAUCUUCAUGGAUGAGCUGGGUCAUGUUGGAGUGUCCCUGAAUGCACCAGCAGGGGGCGCUGCUGCAUUCAGGGCCUGUGUUUUCUGUGCCUUCCUGCAUGUUUGUGACUACAUUGAGGGGUCAAAGUUCAGUCUGAUUCUUGGUGUAGCUGCCAGCUGUGUGUGAGGCUUCGUACGCUCUGGUUCAGAAUGCAGUGUGACCAUCCUCCUGUGCACCGGGGGGCAGCAGUGAGCCCCCGGUGGCUUCAUGUCCCUCCUGUCCUCCGCAGCAGGACAGACUGGACACUCACAGGACAGGACGCGCUGUGGCUAGCUGGUUAGCAUGCUAACACCACGAGCUGCAGCACACAGACUUGAAUGGAGCGACGCGACGACUGUUGUUUACAUGUUUUAGCUUCUUUGUCAGUAGCUGAAGACACUUUUAAUGUCCAGUUCAUGUGUGAUUUCAUCAGCAGUGACGAGAGACAGUCGUCUUCAAAGCAGGACCACUGAUCAGACUCAGCCAACCUGUCAAUCAGACUUCACCACCAAGGAUUACUGUACCGGGUAACUAAGUUACAGUUACGGAACUCUUGUUGGCUCUUUGUAAAAACGGCUGCUGUCUCUCUCAGUCCACUGUUAGCAUUAGCACAGUCUGAAUUGAUGGCGUCUAUCCUUACCCCUGAACCUUUAACCCGUAACCCCAACCUUAACCUUUUACCCCAACCCCAACUUACCCCUUAAUUUAACUGCUAACCCCAACCCCAUUAACCUUUAAAGUCUGACCUGAACCGUAAGCCUGGCCUAAGCUCCACCCUAACGCUGACAUUUAACCCUAAACCUAACCUUUAACCUGAGCUGUAGCUCCAGGCCACAUCAGGUUGAGUCAUUUUCCAGAAAAAUAAUUCAGUUGAUUAAUUUAUUCAUAUACAGCGGAGUAAAACGAGUAUUGAACACAUCACCAUUUUUCGCUGUAAAUAUAUUUCUAAAGAUACUAUUGACACCUAGGAUUCGGUCCAGUAUCCAGUCCAGAUCUCGGUCCUGGCAUUGGUCCAGGUAUCGGUGCACUCAUUGGCCCAGGACUGGGCCCGGGACUGGUGUCUGGUGAUAAAUGGCCGAAACCCUUGAUGAUCCUGGAGUCCACUGCUGACAAUAUGUCCUGAAAUUAUAGAUGAGUCACAAGGCUGCGGCCCAAAUCAGGCAGAAAACAGGAACUCAGUGUUUGGAAAGCAGGACAGGAAAACCUGAGCGGGAUGAAGGAGUCAUUUAUAAUCAGAGUUUUAUUUCCGCAUUCUCAACUGUCCAGUCGUCCCAUGAAUCGUCACCGUUUGAGUCACUGCCUGUUUUAUAAUCCUGCCCCAACCUCCAAACCUCACCCCGAAACCCCCUAACCCCUCAACCUACCCCCCAAGGAAAACCACCUCACGGUAGAGAACAGUCGGACCCUCACAGCUGUGUUUGAUUUGAAC